ACCAGUUAAAAUAAAUAAAAUUUGUUUAAAUUGUUUCAGGUAUUAAAUAAUGCUUCUUGUACAGAUUGUUUAAAGUAAAGAUGUGCACAUAGGAAUAGAGUAUUUUUAUUGACAUAGAAGGUAUAUGCACCAGUAAAAAGGUACACAAACGACAUAAUAUGUGUGCGACAUUAAAAGAAGAUGUAGGAAUAAGGUUUCAUGAGCUUCUUGCAAAAUUUUCUGUUAAUGUUAACCAGUGUAAUAAAUCUGAAAACACUUCUAAUACUCUUUUAUUAAAACAAGACAGCGACAGUCCAGUUCUUCCACUGGAACAAUACAUGUGUGUAGGGACUGCGUUGCGGCGUAAAGCAUUUUUUGAGAGUGUUCAAGCUGGUGAUGUUAUCUUUGGAAAAGUAUGCAAUAUAUUUGAUAAAGUUUUAAAUGUGUACCUAGUCUCAGUUCUUUGUGGUCCUAAUCGAUGGGUUGAAGAUUUAAAAAUUUUGGCUGUUGGUAAUAUAGACGAUGUUUAUAAAAAUGAUAAUGAUAAUGAAUUGGAAGUUGGUGACAAUAUUAAAGCUGUUAUAACAAAUGUUAAGAAAACAUCUGAAGAGAUAACAAUAUCCCUCAAUGAUAAAUGCUUAUCUGAUAUUGCUUUCAAUCAUUUUCCAUUGGGUAGAGUUGAAAAUAAUAUUUACUACAGAAAAUCUCAGCUUAUUAACAAAGAACAACUUGAAGAGUAUGAACCAAGGCGUUAUUUAGAUCAUCUCAGAAAAUCUUCAUCUUUCAUUGACCCUCAUGGUGUCGAUAAAUUACUUGAUCAAUUUCAUGUGGAUCGCUCAAAAUCAUUUUUGAGAAGUCAAAUGUGCGAUUGUCCUAAAGAAACUGUUGAUUCUUUGCGUGAGCGACAAUCAUAUAAAUGGUCCAUGGAUAUGGUUGGUACAGGUGUAAAACAUUUUCGUGAAAAUGAAGUAAAAGAAGCAAGAGAUAGUUUUGACCAAGCCAUAGCUUUCUAUCCAAAUAAUGUUGAGGCUUAUGUUGCACGUGGUGCUUUAAAAGCAAAUAGUAAUCAGCUUAAGGAAGCCAUACAAGAUUUCAAGAAAGCUCUUGACAUAAAGCCAAAUCAUAAAAAUGGCAAAAAAUAUUUAAUAGAAACAUUGUUUAGUCUUUCAAAAGGUUAUGAGAAAGAUUCAAAGUGGAAGGAAGCUUGUCGCUGUUACAAAGAUAUUCUAGAAAAAGAUAGUGGUAAUACUGAUGCCAUGGAUCAUUUAAAGCAUUUGCAACAUCUUUUAUCUAGAGAGGUGGUAUCAAGGCGACCUAAUGCGUCAAAAAGAAUGAAGCUUUCAAGUUUAAGCACUGCUUCUCAAAUUAAAAUUGAUAGACUGAAGGAGCUAUUAGAGGCUGAUACUAGAAAAGCUUCAGAAUCUAGCUCUUCAACUUCUUCCUCCUCUUCAUCUUCGUCCUCGUCUUCUUCAGGGUCAGAAUCAGAUGAUGACUGGGUAGAAGCAAGUUGUUCGAAACAUAAACGAUAAUGAUUUUUUAGAUUAUAACAAUCAUGAAAAUAAUAAACUUUGUUAGGUUAUAACCAAGACCACCAGUAUUGUGUGGACAAAAAACAAUUAUAAAA